CGCUUGAGACGUGCAUCCAAGCUUCUCUGGCGCCGUCAUUCUUGGACGUAUGUAUAAUGUUGCAAAUGUCGCUCAUUGUAGAAUAAGCCGUGUUGACGCUAGCGUAAAUAAGGAGAGCAAAACUGUUUGUUUCGAAUGGAAGUUCUCUCGUCAAAGGCGCUGAUCUGAGGCUGCUUGGACGUCACUUCGCAGGAAAUUCCGAAGUUCUGUACGUCACAAGCGCGUUAAAAUCGUAGUUCAAGCUACCACUCAUAACCGCAAGCAUGUCCGGGGAUGCGUCAGCCGAAGACGUCGAGCUUAGUGACGUCCUCAAGAAAGGGCUCCGGGCGAACACCGACGACAAUGCCUGCUCGGGCACUGUUGGCGACGUCUUAGCCGGAGCCCUAAGGCUGGAAUACAAGCCCGACCUCACGGUAGAUGAAGCCCGCGUCCUGCGGCGGGCCUUCAGCACAGAGGGAUUCGUCAAACGGUUGAAACUCUCCGGACUACCGCUAGACGUCUGCAAGGUCGUCCUGGAAGGCCUCGACGAGUCAUCGUCGCUGGAAGAACUGGAACUCUUCAACAUUGAGAGCAACGACGAGGACUUCACGCUGAACCUCUCCGGGAUAUUUGGAAACCUCCGCGUGUUGCGCCUAUCGUGCAGCGACAUCGACGACCAAUUCGCCAUGGACGUCGCGUUCUUCUUGCAAGACAACACUCGCCUGGAAGAGCUGAGCCUGUGUUACAGUGACAUCAGCGACGAUGGGGCCACUUCGCUCGCCGAAGCGCUCGCGAUAAACAGCACGCUGCGAAAGGUAGUGCUGGCCAACAACGCCCUCACUUCCCGCACCCUCGUCGCCUUCGCGGAGACGCUGACCGUCAACACGACACUGGAGAUGGUGGAUGUCUUCGAAGUGGACAUGGAUGAGGAAGACGUCGCAGUCCUGUUCCUGGACGGCAGGUACGCGGACACAUUUAAGAGGAUGUACAUCUUGUGGAAGGAGGACUUUCUUCCGCAGCUGACCAGGCUGCUGCGUGAAGACAGGCAUUGCGCGGAAGUUUCCAUCGAGGUCACCAAAUCGGUGCCAGAGGGGCACCUGCUUGAGUUCUUCGACGCCGUCGCGACGAACUCGACCGUGCGGACGCUUCACAUCAACCCGAGCGGAGACAAGGCGUUCGAAGCUCUCACCGACGGUCUCGUGUCCGUCUUGCAGCGAUCGUCGACCCUCACUCGCCUCCAGAACUUGAUGGGCGUGGACAGCGCCCACGAUACUUUGGUUAUCCGGGUACUGGACGCCCUGAGGGAGAAUAGGUCGGUGACGGCGCUUACCAUGUGCUCGGAGCUGCUGACUCCCGGGAUCGCAGCGUCGCUCUCGGAACUCCUGGCCACCAACGACGUCUUGAACGACGUCAGCAUUUGCGACGACUUGGAAAUAAGGAACGAAGAACUCGCCGUCAUAUUGGAGGGCCUCAGGAAGAACUAUACGGUUACGCAUCUUAUGGUGGCGUGCGACCCGGACGACGACGUGGAAGGCGUGUCCGAGAUGGCCGAGCUCCUGGACAGAAACGCCCGCCUCCUGGACAGGGCGGUCGAGUUUGUCAGAGCGGGAGGCAGUGAUACCGAAGAUGAGGAAGGGGCUGAUGCUCUCAAGAAAGUGCGCUCCAGCGCCUCUCUCGUUGAGAAGUUGCGAAAGAUCACCGGAAAGACGAAGCAAGAUGUCAUGGCCGAUGUGGAAGCCGCCCUUGCCGGUGCUCAGUGCUGAGCUGCUGCCGACUCCGAUGGCACUGACUGUGUCCGGCUUGCUUUUCAUAAUAUUUCAACGCAGCUGAUAAUGUGAAUAGGCUACUUAUGGUGCAUGCGGGUCGCUAAAUAGUCUGCAAUAUUGGCAUUACUUUCGUAAUAAAUUAU